UAACGCGGGAUAUAACCACACUAAGUAAAGUGAGGAAGAAGAGCGCGGCUGGAUCAAUGUGUUUGUUGUUAUGUGGAGCAGUUUUACCGGAUAAAAACCUUUGUGACCAGCAUGAGUCUGUCUGUAAGCCCUGAACCCCCUGCAGACAAAGGCAAAUGCAAUAAAAGGAGAGAACUGACUGAAGAGCAGAAGCAUGAAAUCAAAGAGGCUUUUGGCUUGUUCGACACCGACAAAGACAAAGAAAUCGACUACCACGAGAUAAAGGUGGCGAUGCGCGCACUUGGCUUUGAAGUAAAGAAAGUUGACGUUCUGAAGAUUCUUAAGGACUACGACAGAGAGGGAAAUGGCAAAAUAACGUUUGAUGACUUCAACGAAGUUGUUACAGACCUCAUGCUGGAACGAGACCCAAAAGAGGAGAUCUUGAAGGCCUUUAAGCUUUUUGAUGAUGAUGAAUCAGGCAAGAUCAGUUUGAAGAACCUGAGACGAGUAGCUCGAGAACUUGGGGAGAACAUCAGUGAUGAGGAGCUGCGCAGCAUGAUCGAUGAGUUUGACACUGAUGGAGAUGGAGAGAUAAACCAAGAGGAGUUUCUCACCAUUAUGACCCGAGACUCUUGACCAGCAGAUCUUUGCAGAUUCGGACGACGCUUGCAUUGGACAGGUUGUCCUGAUGUGACUAAACUGUUCAUGUCAUGUGUUCAUCGCUGUGAUGAACAGCCGUCGGCGCUGAGCUGCGUCACAGCCUCUGAAGUGGACUGAAGUUAUUGUUGUAAAAAACCACAUGUUGACUGUUUUUUGUAAUAUUCAC